CGUUUUCUAAAGUGUCCUACUACCACGUGACAGGAAUCGGCUGCUAUCCCGCAGAAGGCCGCGAUUGUUUGAGGCAUGUGGCGUUGCCUGGUGCGGAAUCUGCAGCGGCGGCUCAGCUGCCCUUCGUGGUUUUCCAUUGUUCUCGUGCGAAGGCCGAGAAGGCAGAAGCCGACGCAGCGCUCGCUCAGUAGUCUGCCUGAUGUGCACGAGCUGUUCGCCAUGCCGGUGCUGCAGCGCUUUCUGGAGCGGCAGCAGCAACCAGAGCAUAAUAGCAGGCCCCGGCCGCAGUUAACGGCGCUGAUUCGCCUCCUGAGGGCCAAAGAGCAAGAAUUGCGCGACACGGAACACCUGGCGCGGGAAGAUGAAAAUGAAGAUUUGCGGAAGCUUGCAGAGAAGGAAGUUGUUUCCUGUUAUAAAGAGAUAGUAGAACUAAAACGACAGAUAGUGUUGCUUUUGAUUCCUUCAGAAGAAACAGAUGAAAGUGAUCUCAUCCUAGAAGUGACUGCUGGAGUUGGAGGGCAGGAAGCAAUGCUGUUCACAGCAGAGAUGUUUGACAUGUAUCAACACUACGCUACAUAUAAAAAUUGGAGUUUUGAAAUUCUAGAAUAUAUGUCCAGUGAUAUAGGUGGUUUGAGAUAUGCAUCUGCCUGUAUAGGUGGUCUUGAAGCUUAUAGACAUAUGAAGUUUGAAGGAGGAGUACAUCGUGUACAACGAGUGCCUAAGACAGAGAAGCAAGGACGCAUUCAUACUAGCACAAUGACAGUAGCAGUGUUACCACAGCCCACUGAGAUAAAUUUGACAAUCAAUCCCAAGGAUUUACGUAUUGAAACAAAACGAGCCACUGGGGCUGGUGGUCAGCAUGUGAAUACGACAGACAGUGCUGUUCGAAUAGUCCACAUUCCCACAGGUAUGGUAUCUGAAUGUCAACAAGAAAGGUCUCAAAUCAGAAACAGAGAAAAGGCUAUGCAGGUGCUUCGUGCCAGAUUAUACAGUAUCAAACUUGAAGAAGAGUCAAGAAAGAGAGAGGCUGCCAGAAAGGUUCAGACUGGGACCAAAGGAAGAUCAGAGAAGAUCAGAACCUACAACUUUCCCCAGGAUCGAGUUACUGACCACAGAAUAACCAGAUCAGUGUAUCACAUUGAAAAGUUCCUGUUGGGAGAAGAACUGCUAGAUGAAAUUAUACAAUCCCUAAGAGAAUAUGCUAACUUUGAGACUCUAAUGGAAGUAAUUUCAGAAAGUGACCCAACCAGACCGAACUGAUCUUCAUCACAUUCUAUCUCUACAGGUAUGGAAAAGCAACUAAACUAGGUGCACAGCUGCUUGCUUAGUUCUAGUUAAUUUAGGGGUUCCCCUCUGUCAGAGAAAAAGUGCUCAGAUGGUAGACCUAAUAGCUUUCUGAGAUAAAGCUAUAAUGCUUUUUUAAGAGCAACAAUUGCUUACAGUAAAAAAAAAAAGUUUGGUACAAUGCAUUGUCCAGCUUUACAAUAUUGAUAACUUUUUUUUUUUUUUACUGUAACCAAUUGUUGCUUAACCAAAUAAUGUACACUGUAAUCUCACUGAUUGGAUUGGGACUCCCAAAUUAAAUGUCUCAGAGCAGUUGUAGCAAAAAUAUUCAGGAAUUUAGUGAAGGGCUGCAAGACUCCUGUUCAUUUUUGCUUCAAGUGGUGUUUAGGACCGGAUUUGCAAAUUUAAUUUAUGUAUAAUCUCACAGAAGACUAGUACGAUUGCAACCUUACAAUUGCUAUACUGACACAGUUAUUCAUAAGACUGGGUUAUUAUUAUUUAUUAAAUGUAUGGAUCGCCCAAUCCCUGCCAUAAACAACAUAUUCUGAACAAUUAUAGUAAAAACAUUAGAACAGUAUAAAAGAUUAGAACAGUAUAAAAACACAGAUGGUGAAUAAUAUAUUUAAAUUGCAGACUGCUGGCUACUCUGCAGGCAUGGGGAGGAGUGAACAAGCUGGGCUCCAGUUUGAGAUUAAACCAUUGCUGUUCUCAAUCGAAGACCUGGAGGAACAUCUCUGCUUUACAGCCCCUGUGGAAUUGCAUAAGAUCCCACAGGGCCCUGAUGGAGUUUGGCAGAGAGUUCCACCAGGUUGUUACAUAUUGUGUCUCUCUGCUCUCUUUAAACUGGUUUUGACAUCUGAGCUUGAUUGCUUAGCUGAUACUCAUUUGAAGAAUUUCUCUGGUCUAACCUAUUGUGUCCAUCUCCCCACCAAUGCACCAGCCCACUCUGUUUGAUGAUUAAGCAUGGGCAUUGCAGCUUCAGAGCCUGCUUCAUAGCACUGUGUUUAGAAACUGAAAGCAGGACUUUGUCAUCUUAUCAGCUUCAUCAUGGACUUGUCAAUGUGGAAGACAGCCCUUGUGUAGCCCUUGUGGUAAAUAUUUUACCUACAUGCUGCUUUCUCCAUCUUCGUCUAUCUUGAAAAUGAGAAAGGAAAGAUGGUUCAUAGGCAAGUGGCUAGAUUAGGUCCAAGAGAAAAUAAAAACUCCUACAAGUAA